AUGGGAGGCUUCGAGGGUCAUCUGUACCCAGGACUGUCCCUCUUCUUCUAUGGACUUUAUCACGCACGACUCGUCUCCAGGGCCUUGAUAUGCAGCCAGCCUGCCCAGUACCCGCCACGCCCUCCCUGGAGCAAAGGCAGAUGGGCAAGGCUACAGCAGGUUCACUACGUGGGGCUGCUGAAGAUACUGAGCACCUUCGUUCUAGUGGCCCAAGAGCUGCAUAACAUUUCUGGGCCGUUUGUACUCAUCAGGAAGACGUACCACGCGAGAGACUUCCUGUACUGCAAGCAGUGGCAGCACCUCACCAUAUACACGACCUUCGUCCUGAGCGGCUGUGUCGACGCGGUGAGCCAGAACCUGCUGCCCCGCAGGAGUGCCGCGCUGGAGCAGGCCGCCCAGGCCCUGGGCCUGGCUCUGAUCCUGCCCCUGAUGCUGUCUCACUUGCAGGGCUCGGAAGGCGUGGACCUGCAGUCCCACCUCCUGUUCAUCCAGGCCCUGUUCCUGCUGGUGCUGGUGGCGGUUGCCGAGCUGUGGGCUCCCGACGCGUGGCAGCUCCGGGUGAUGAAGGCCUUUCUGUACAUGCUUACGGGCUCUUGGCUGAUCCAGAUAGGCUUCAUGCUCUACAGACCGAUUUCCGGCCAUAAGUGGAUGGAUGAUGACAAAAACAAUAUUAUGUUUGUCACCACCUUCUUCUGCUGGCAUGUGGUCGUCCUCGCCUUUUUGAUGGCCGGGAUCCACGGCGUCUCCUUUUUGUGGUAUCGCUACACGUGCUAAUGCCUGAACCAGGUGAGCCCGGAGUGGCUGCUGUCACCUGCACACGCUGGGACACCUGGAGGAGGACUUGCCGGAGGUGGAGCUGCAGGGAGGGACACCAGGUGUCCUUCCUCCAGAGGGCGCUCCCGAGCCAGCCGACUCUGCGGGGAGGGGCAUCCCUCUCUCUCCCGCUUCUUGGCUCCCCUCUGUCUCGUUUGCUGAGCAGUGUGCGGAGAAAAGGCCAAUGGAGCCCAGGAGGCAUGUGACUCGGACCUUCGCUUUCAACUCCCCAAGUAUUUCCCCCAACGCCCCUCAGCUGUCCUCAGCUCCAGCCACUGCCGUCUGCUGGCCCUUCCCCUUUCUCCCCGCCCCUGCCCCCCUUACUCCCCCC